AUGGCGGCGACUCCGACUCCGACGACGCGGCGCGCGGCGCCUGCGGGCCGCACCACGGGCUUUGCCAGCGCUCGCAUGCUCGAGGCACAGCGCACGUUCCAGAACGUGGUGAAGCACGAGCUGCAACUGCUGCUGGCGAGCGGCACGAAGCGCGAAGACGCCGUGAAGCUGCUGCUCGGUCGGAUCGUAGCCAGCACGGAGCCGCCCGAGGCGUUGGCUGUGCGCGGCGUGAUGCGGCAGUUCCAGAUGAAUUAUGACGACGCGGUGCGUGCGUUGAUUGUGAAGCAGGAGCUCGGGCGACUGAAGCGGCAGGGACUGGACUCGUUCGCGGCGAUUGAGGAACUGACGCGGAAAAUGAAGAGCCGAGGAGACGAGAGGCAGCGAGAGGAGGAGAAGAAGGAGGAGGUGGAGCUGGAGCAAGAUAAGGCACUGGGUGCAACAGUUUUGGGAGAAGAAAUGGGUUCGGUGACGUCGGACAAGGAGGCAAGUGAGACGACGUCGUUGUCGUUGUGCCAGCGGAUUGGAAAGGUUUCGAUCUCGUCGGUGACCGUGACAGAACAAGAAUCUGACGACGGUUUGAGAGGAGAAGAUAGCGCUAACAAUGGAGAAAAUGAGGCGGCUGGAGAGCGUGGCACGAUGGGGUUUCGAUCACCGUCCAGGGCUGAUAGCUCUUCGAAUGGUAACCUCGUGGAACUUACACCACAGUCGCGUAAACGCCGUGCGGCUUUUGGAGAGCAGGUGGAUACUGUCACGCGUAGUCGUAGUAGCAGCAGCGAACGCGCUGUGAAGCCUAUGUUUUCGGGUAUGAAGAAGCAAAAGUUGUGUGCUGACGUUGGGGACGGUUUUCUUCAAAUUGUCACACGAAAGUCGAAGCCAAUGUCGUCAAGCCCACCGAAGGGUACAGCUGCAAAAAGCACUUCUGGGAUGGCGCCUGGUGGGGGGAAAGGUGGCGGAUCGACACGAAGUGAGCGCAACACGAAGAACUCGCUCAAGCGGCAGCGUGCAAGUCCGACGGGUAUGGCAGAUAACGAUGAGUCUCCCAUUGCAGCCGAACCUCGUUCGUCCCACGUGCACCAUCGACAUCACGCCCACCAUCACCAUAGCAAGCGCCAGAAGAGCGGCAGCCCCCACUGA